AUGUCCUCUUCUCAGUGGGCAUCCAAGCCACAGAAUUUUCCAUCUUCUGGAUUUAAGUUACUUGACUCAUCCUUCUGUAUUGAAGAAGAGACACUACCUACGUAUCAAGCCGAAAAAUAUUAUCCAGUCCAACAGGGAGAAAUACUCAACAGUCGAUAUCAGGUAUUAGCUAAGUUAGGCUACGGAGUCACGUCCACUGUAUGGUUUGCUCGUGACUUGAUAAAUUCCAGCUAUGUUGCUUUGAAAAUAUACGUGACAGGUGAGAAAAGAGCUGGUGAACUGAAAAUCUAUCAUCAUUUGAAUUCCAUAAAGUGCGAGCAUGGAGGUAGAAGAUAUAUUCGAAAACUAUUAGAUCAUUUUGUUAUUACGGGUCCUCACGGUCAACAUAUCUGCCUCGUUCACGAACCUUUAGGGAUGAGUGCGAGUGAGCUGCUAGAUUGGAUUCCUGGAAAAGCAGUGACUCUUGAGGAUAUGAAACCUCUUAUCCGACAGUUACUGGGUGUGUUGGACUUCCUACAUUCUGUAGCUGGUGUGAUCCACACGGAUCUUCAACUAAGGAAUUUGCUUCUUCCUACACCAGAGCCAGAGGCGCUUUCUAAAUUUGAGGAAAGGGAGAUUAAAAUGCCAUCACCACGAAAAGUGCUUCAAGACCGUACAAUCUACAAGUCUUCCCGCUUCCCUCCUGGAAGCGGACUACCACUUCUCAGCGAUUUUGGCGAAGCUCGGCUCAGUAAUGAGAAGAAUGACGACGAUAUUAUGCCAAAUCCUUACAGGGCGCCUGAAGUGAUUUUAAGAGCAAGCUGGGAUUAUAAAGUUGAUAUCUGGAGUGUCGCUAUGAUUGCAUGGGACAUCGUGAGCUCCUCUACACUCAUCAAAGGCAUAAAUUCAGAUGAUAUAUUUGAUGAUCGUGUCCAUCUUGCAGAACUGGUUGCACUUUUAGGCUGUCCACCACCUAACUUUUGUGAACGAAGCGAUCUCAGUUCUGUUUUCUGGGACGACUCCGGCGUCUGGAAAGGAUUAGCCCCGAUACCUGAUAUUACAUUCGAAUCUUUAGCUGCUAACAUCAGGGGGGAAGACAAGGACGGGUUUCUACGAUGGAUCCGACGGGCUUUGCAAUGGAACCCUUCUGGCCGACCGACAGCUCUUGAGCUCUUGGAUGACGAGUGGUUGAUGAAGGGACUGGAACUAGGGAAACGAGAAGGGGCCACUAAACCAUGAUUUACCUUUUUCUCUCUGUCUUUAGUGAAACCAGGUGUUACUGCCAUAUUUCUAUACUCUGGUCAAUCAAUAUGUUCCUUGGAG